CACGUGACGCGUGGUAUUCCCAUACCGGGUGGCUGUGGAGAAGUCAGACGUAGGCGACAACCGAGGAUUCUGUCAGUGCGGAGCCGGCUGGGGAUCUGACAUGAGUGAGUCCCUGGUUGUAUGUGAAGUGGAGGAGCAACUUGUUGAGAAGCUGAAGAAGUUUCGUUUUCGCAAAGAGACCAACAAUGCUGCAAUUAUCAUGAAAAUAGACAAAGACAGACGUCUGGUGGUCCUAGAAGAGGAACACGAGGAUAUCUCUCCAGAUGAGCUCAAAGAUGAACUUCCAGAGAGGCAACCCAGAUUCAUAGUGUAUAGUUACAAGUACCAGCAUGAGGAUGGCAGGGUUUCCUAUCCAUUGUGCUUUAUCUUCUCCAGCCCUGUAGGGUGCAAACCGGAGCAGCAGAUGAUGUACGCCGGAAGCAAAAACAAACUUGUCCAGAAAGCUGAACUCACAAAGGUCUUUGAGAUCCGGAACACUGAAGACUUGACCGAAGAGUGGCUGACUGAGAAACUGGGGUUUUUCCACUAACUUGUAUUUUUCUAUGUAAAAGAGCCUGAAACACUUCUUAAUUCUCAUUUAGACGAGCCGUCCGCCAACUCACCAAGAUGUGCAGACUUUCUACCUAAAAUACAUAGCAUGCAACAGUAAGCUGCUUAACUCUUUCACUGCCCUACAUUGGGGCGGGGGGGGAGCCACUUGCAGUGAAAGAUGUCAGUACUGGAAAAUAUAUAUAAUAUAUUAUCCUGACCACACUGGAACCCUUUUUUUUUUUUUUUUUGGGGGGGGGGUUGGGGGGGCAUAUGUGAUACCAUAUAUGUGAAAGGAAAAGCAAAAAAACUACCUGUUUAUUAGAAUUGAUGGCGGCUUCUUUUAAAUGCUAUUUGGCUUCUCUACUGACGUGGUGCAGAUGUUAUGUAUAUGCUGUAACCCAUAGUAACCGGCAACUUGUUCCCAUUACAGUAAGUUGCCUACUCUAGCCGGCUCCUCACUGGGCUAUGGGAAAGCCUGUGAUAUUUACUGCAUGUUACUUUCACGUUUUUCCAGUCAUUUUUACAGAAGGGACCAAAUUCUAUCACUGCAGCCACUGUAAACGUCCUCGUUACCAUGUCACCGAAUGCUGUUUUUGUAGUGGUUGUUGGUAUAUAUUUUUCCUCCAUGGAUCAGUGAUGCUGUAAUUGACCUUUGCUAUUCUUUGUUAGGUGGUGGGGGGGUCUCACGUACAGUACUGUGUAUAGAUCGUCCGUAGCAUUGUGACAAAUGCAGCUGCCACCCGUAGGGCAGGGGACUUCACCGCUAGCUUCUUCACGUGCACUCUCUCGGCAGUGAGUAGUAACUGUGCACGUUACGCCAGUGGUUUUUAUGACUAGGUUAAAUCUACAAUUAAAUGGUAGCCAUUUCAUAUUGCCUCUUCCCAUUUAACUGAUAGAUUUGCGUUCUUUAAAUUCCACUGAUUUAUUAUUUUCUUUGUCCCCAUAUUUCCUUGGGGUUUAGAACACUGGCAUUUAUUACAUAGGUUUCAAAUGAAUUUUUAAAGGAUGUAAACGGGUCUGAAACUAUAAGCCGCCGCUGAUGUUACUGGCAUUGUUGUAGAGUACCCUAUGUGUAUUUUUUCGGACUGCAGUGUGCAGGUUUUUCUCCCCGCUGGUAAACGCAUUGGGCAUAGCUCCCUAACAUUGGCGGUGACCAGUGUGAGGGAGCGGGAUGACACUGAAAGAUCCCCCUCCUGGCACCCAUUCAUUGAUGGCAGGCAGAGCAUCAGUGACUAGGCGUGCCUUCAAUCUGUCCCACUCGCGACAGCGGAGCAGAGCGCUCAGAUAGGGGACGGAUGAGAGGUGCGCAUCAGUGAAAUUUACCUCCUAUAGGCCAGUAACAAAUGCAUUUGUGUGUUCUAGCUUCGUAACAUUGCAGAAAUGGUCUUUUGGCACUGGUGCUUCCCCCAUCGCCACCCCCUAAUCUGAGUUUAUGUUUACAUACAUGUCCACAGAUAUUUCAGAUACUUACUAAAAACCUAUUUGGUAUUGGGACAUUCUCAAAGGUGGUUUUGAUGGAGUUCUAGGUUAACACUGAAUGUAGCCCACCAGCUGUUGUAGGCUUCUGUCAGCAUUAAUAUUUUAUUGUCUCUUCAGAUAGUUAUUGGCUCUGUAAGCUGCAUGUGCUUUGGGUAAUAGGCACGGCGGAAUGAUGGCAGUAUCUCUCUGAGGAGUCUAUUCAUGAAGCAGUGAAAAGAGUUGAGAAGUUGCCCAUGUCCCAUACCUCGGUGUUGAGGUAACAUUUACAAAGUGCAUUCUAUAAAACUAUACGUAGCAGCUGGUUGGUUGCCAUGGGCAACUUCACUGGCUCAGUUCUCCACUCUUUUCACUGCUUCAUGAAGAGACCCCUAACUGUUUCCACUCUACGUUUUGUUUUUUAUUUAUACACUUGAAAUGACUUUUUAAAGGGCAUCUAUAGCGCUCGCCUUUCGAAGCUUCCACCUGCAAAUAGAAGUGAUCUUGAUCAUUUUAUUUUCCUUGAAAACUGCCAGAGCUAGUACAUAAUUAGCUGUAAUAUGUGACUAAGGUCAUUAGUUCCAUGAUCUUUCUAUACUACAUUCCCCAUAGAAACUUAUUUCGCUGGGAUCAGGAGAGAGUUGGUGAAGGUACCACACAGUUAAUAAACUCUCCGCGUUAUGGAUGUGCAAGCAUGUACUGAGAUGCGUCACUGACCCUCUGCUAUCGGACGGAAUAUUAGGUGGCAUAUGUAUUACCAGUACCCUGUGGCCACCAGUGGAGGCUUAACGACUACCCCCAGUAUCCAUUCCAGAGUAUGCCGGGUGGACUGGUAGUGUUUCCUUUGCACUUUGUAUUGCUUACCCCCUUAUACCUGCAAAUGUAUUCCAAGUACCCCGUACUGUGUAUAAAUGUAUACAAAGCAACACCGCAUAUGUCUAAAUAUUAAUAAAAUAAAAUAAAUAAU